AUGUCUUUUUGGGUUCAUGUUCUUAGUGAGGAGCUGGUGAAACUUGGAAUGGUGUUAUUGAAGCAUUUAAAUGUAGAUUUAGUGGACACUAUUGUGUUACUAUUGAGCAAAUUGAAAUUUGGGAAUCUUUCUCAAUAUGGUAUCCAAACGCCAAACAAAGGACCCUUUUAUCUCAAAAGAGCAACCGGAAGAUCUCCCGUUAUCGACGUCGGCACUAUUGCCAAAAUCCGAGCACGAGAAAUCGAUGUUUUGCCCUCAAUCGAGAAUGUGCAUGGAGAUAAUGUUAGCUUUACGAACGGUGUAACGGAAAGUUACGAUGCCAUUGUUUUUGCAACCGGCUACAAGAGCACUGUCAGAAAAUGGCUCAAGGAUGAUGGAGGGCUUUUUGGGGAAAAUGGAAUGCCAAAGAAGAGAAACCCGAAUCAUUGGAAAGGAGAAAACGGUCUUUACUGUGCUGGAUUUGCGAGGGCUGGAUUGUUUGGGAUUUCGAACGAUGCCAAAGCUAUAUCGCAAGAUAUAAGUGCGCUCCUUAAGUCAUCGUAA